UGAGACUUGGCACCUGUAGGCUUCGGCUAUAUGCAUGCUCUCUCUCUCUCUAUCGCCUUUACCUGUCUGCAACUACAGCUGCCAUCUCCUUCGCUUCUUCCUUCAUCUUGCUCGCCCUUUCUUUCUCUUACUUCCAUUGUAUUGUUUUCGCUCUGAUCUCACUCCUCUGUUCACAUUUCUUUUUCUGAAUGGAGGUCGCCUUCGUUGUAUUUUGUGCCCCCUUCUAUCGGAUCUGGCUCUCGUCAAUCUGGUAGUUCUUACCAAAAUUUAGGGCUUUUCAGCAAUGCAUUUGUUCUGAUUUCUUCUUUUUCUUCCUCUUUAUACGAAGAAUUCACUGAAGAUUUGAGAUACUCGGGAAAUGAAAGCGACCCAGAAAGAUUCGCAAAAGUUAAUUUGGGAUGAGACGAGAAGCCCCUCCGCUUCCCCUAUGGCAGGAGCUGCCACGCAUUCGCGAACCUUACCCAAGCUGCUUGUGUGGCUCAUCCUCUUCGUUUCUGUCACCUAUAUUGUUUACACGCUCAAGCUCGUUUCCACAUCACGCGCUUGCGAUGAUGGACCCUUCUCUACCGACCGCCUCUCUUCAUCCUCUGCCGCCACGCUUAACACUGUGCCCAGAAUCAGAAUCAAUGUCACUGCCUCCAGGCCGAUUCGAAAUCCAACGUCCAUAGCUGUGAGUCGAGAAUCUCAAGAAAUCAACAACCAAACGGAGCUCCGCCACGUGGUGUUCGGAAUUGCCGCCUCCGCUAAGCUCUGGCAUCAAAGAAAGAACUACAUCAAGCUGUGGUAUAAGCCCAAGGAAAUGAGGGGCAUAGUGUGGCUCGAUGAACGAGUUAAGACCUAUGACAACGACGGCCUCCCGCCGAUUAAGAUAUCUGGUGACACUUCAAAUUUCCCCUACAAGAACCGGCAAGGUCACCGGUCCGCUAUUCGGAUCUCUCGCAUUGUCUCCGAGACUCUACGAUUGGGGCUUAAGGAUGUGAGAUGGUUCGUGAUGGGGGACGAUGACACCGUUUUCGUCACCGACAACCUCCUCAGGGUUUUAAGGAAAUACGAUCACAACCAAUUCUAUUACAUUGGUAGCUUAUCGGAAAGCCAUCUGCAAAACAUCUUCUUUUCGUAUAACAUGGCGUAUGGCGGUGGCGGCUUCGCCAUUAGCUACCCAUUGGCCAAAGCUCUGGUGAAAAUGCAGGACCGCUGUAUUCACAGGUAUCCAGGACUCUACGGCUCCGAUGACCGAAUGCAAGCGUGUAUGGCCGAACUCGGUGUUCCACUCACCAAAGAAGUCGGUUUUCACCAGUAUGAUGUGUACGGGAACCUGUUUGGGCUUCUUGCAGCUCAUCCUGUGACCCCACUUGUUUCACUGCACCACCUUGAUGUUGUUGAGCCAAUCUUCCCCAAUGUGACUCGAUUGGAAGCCCUUAAACGGCUUACUGUACCAAUGAAGUUGGACUCAGCAGGUCUGAUACAGCAAUCCAUCUGCUAUGACAAAAAAAGAAGCUGGACCAUAUCAGUUUCAUGGGGUUUUGCUGUCCAAAUCUUUCGUGGUGUGUUUUCACCACGGGAGAUAGAAAUGCCUUCGAGAACAUUCUUAAAUUGGUACAGAAGAGCGGAUUACACUGCCUAUGCAUUCAACACGCGCCCGGUUAGCCGAAACCCAUGCCAAAAGCCUUUUGUGUUUUACUUUUCAAAGGCAAAAUUCAAUUCUACAAAGCAGCAGAUAGUGAGUGAAUAUGAUCGGCAUCGUGUCCCCCACCCUGAAUGCAGGUGGAAGAUGAUUGAUCCUUCGACUUUUGACAAGGUGGAGGUAUAUAAGAAGCCUGAUCCUUAUCUCUGGAAUAGAGCUCCCAGGAGGAACUGUUGCAGGGUGAUGAAGUCAAAGAAGUCAGGAACAAUGGUAAUAGAUGUGGGUGUAUGUAGGGAAGGGGAGGUCAGUGAAAUCUUGUGAUGACUACUCUAUUAAUAGGGAAAAUCUUUUUUUUUUUUUUCCUUGUUUAGAUCCUUAGCUUAUUUGUUUAAUUUUUUGUUCCUCAAGUCGAGUCAGCAAAAAAUUUUGCAAUUUUCCUCCGGGUUAAGUCAACUGCCACGCAAUUAUUUAAAAGGGAGAGAUUGGGGGGGAAGGUCAAUGUACAAAAAGAUUUGUAGUUUAAACAGGUUCUAUUAUAUUGACUCCCUAUAAGUUUAAUUUAAUUUGUAAUUUUAUUACACCA